GGAGGGCAGAGGAUAUCCUCGUUGGUGGUCAGGGGCUGACCCCUUCAGAGGGGGUUAAGUAGUCCUCUGACCUCUGGAGGCUCAGAGGCUAUGGGGGCCUGUCAAGAGCUGUACUCUAUAAGGAGGGGUCAGAAGAUAAUUUCUCCGCGAUGAGGAGACCGGUUUACCUCGUGGGGAAGGAGUCAUUUCUCUGGGCCUCUCUGCCCGGCGCCCCCACGACCCCCAUCCCUGCCCCUGUCCCCUGCAGGCCUUAAGCGCUCUUGGUUGAAGAGCCCCGUCCCCAUUCCGAUCUGGCUAUCAGAUCCCCAGACCCUAAGCCCCCAACACCCUUCCCCUCUUCUGUACCCCCAGGGCCCAGUCCCCUCAGGCCUCCCAACCCUCAUCAGACCCCCUGAGUAGUCCUCUGACCCUCCUCCAUCCUUUGAGGACCCCUGCACUUGGGUCUGCCGUAUGCCCCCACUCUCCCUCCCCAGAGAUCCUCCAGCCCGACCCUCUCUCCCUCGUGGGACCCCCCCAGGUCCCCUCCAGGACCUAGGUUCUAGCCCCCCUCCCCCCGGGCCCCAGCUCACCGCCCCCGCCCCCCGGGAACGAAGGCGCCGGAGCCGGAGCCGGAGCCGGAGCCGGAGCCGGAGCCCGAGCCCAUGCCGCUGAGUCGCUCAGCCAACGCCGCCCCCGCCUCCCCCUCCCUUUUCCCCGUCCCCGCCGAGCCCCUGGCGCUGCCCGCCCCGGCCUCGGGCCCGGGCCCGGCGUCCCCCUCCCCUUCUCCUUCCCCUUCCCCCUCUCCGGGCCCCGGCCCGGCCCCCUCCCCCCUCCCUCGCAGCGCGGCCCCGGCGGCGGCGGCGGCGGCUGCGGGGGGGUCUGGGGGGGCGGGGCGGAGCGGGGAGUCCCCGCACGACUCGCUCCGGGCCCCGGGAGUGGCCAGCCCCGGCCCGGGCCCCGGCCCCGGCCCCGGCCCCGGCCCCGGCCCCGGCAUGGAUGGCCCGGGGGCUAAUGCCGUGGUGGUCCGCAUCGGCAUCCCGGACCUGCAGCAGACGAAAUGUCUGAGACUGAACCCCGAUGCGCCCGUGUGGGUGUCCAAGCAGCGGGUGCUCUGCGCCCUCAACCACAGUUUGCAGGAUGUGCUCAACUACGGCCUCUUCCAGCCCCCCUCUCAGGGGCGGGCAGGCAAGUUCCUGGACGAGGAACGCCUGCUGCGCGACUACCCGCCCAACCUGGACACGCCCCUACCCUACCUGGAGUUCCGCUACAAACGCAGAGUUUACACCCAGAGCCUGCUGGAUGAUAAGCAGUUUGCAAAGCUACACACCAAGGCAAACCUUAAGAAGUUUAUGGAAUAUGUCCAGCUUCACAGCACAGACAAGGUGGCCCGGCUUCUGGACAAGGGGCUGGACCCCAACUUCCAUGACCCUGACACAGGAGAGUGCCCUCUGACCCUGGCUGCCCAGAUGGAUGGUGCCACAGAUUUACUAAAGGUUCUGAGGAAUGGUGGGGCUCAUCUGGACUUCCGAACUCGGGAUGGGCUGACAGCCUUGCACAUUGCCACCCGCUGCCGGAACCCCAAUGCUCUGACGACCCUGCUGGACCUUGGGGCAUCCCCAGACUACAAGGACAGCCGUGGCCUGACCCCCCUAUAUCAUAGCGCCCUAGGGGGUGGGGACCCCCUCUGCUGUGAGCUCUUGCUCCAUGACCAUGCACAAAUUGGGACAGCUGAUGAGAAUGGAUGGCAAGAGAUCCACCAGGCCUGUCGAUUUGGUCAUGUCCAGCACCUAGAGCACUUGCUGUUCUAUGGGGCUGACAUGCGGGCCCAGAAUGCAUCAGGAAACACAGCCCUGCACAUCUGUGCCCUGUACAAUCAGGAGAGCUGUGCCCGGGUUCUCCUCUUCCGGGGAACUAAUAAAGAUGUUCGUAAUUAUAACAGCCAAACAGCCUUUCAGGUGGCCAUCAUUGCUGGGAACUUUGAACUUGCUGAGGUUAUCAAGACUCAUAAGGAUUCUGAUGUUGUGCCAUUCCGGGAGACUCCUAGCUACGCAAAGCGGCGACGUCUGGCGGGUCCCAGUGGCUUGGCCUCUCCGAGGCCUCUGCAGCGCUCAGCCAGUGAUAAUGAUCUAAAAGCUGAAGCUCGGUCUGGCCCCUCCCCUGGACCCUCACUCAGAAGCCUCCCGCACCAGUUACUGCUCCAGAUGCAAGAAGCAGGCAUGGGGCCUGUGGGUGGGGUCCGGGGACCCCAAAGCCGAUCCCCAUCCCUUCAGCGUCUGCAAGAGGAGAAGGAGAGGGACAAGGAUCCCGGUGGUCACACCCUGGUCAGAGGAGGUCGAAGCAAGAGCAGCCCGAGCGGCCCCGGCGGCGGCCCUGGAGGAGGAGGAGGAGGAGGCAGCGGCGGCGGCGGCCCGGGCGCCCUGGGCCCCGCGGCGGCCACCAGCCCUGCGCCCGCGCCCGCCCCGUCGCCCGCGCCGCCCCGGGGCCCGAAGCGCAAACUUUACAGCGCGGUCCCCGGCCGCAAGUUCAUCGUGGUGAAUGCGCACAGCCCGCGGGGCGAGGGCGAGAUCCCGCUGCACCGCGGCGAGGCUGUUAAGGUGCUCAGCAUCGGGGAGGGCGGUUUCUGGGAGGGAACGGUGAAAGGCCGCACAGGCUGGUUCCCAGCUGACUGCGUGGAGGAGGUCCAGAUGCGGCAGUAUGACACACGACAUGAAACACGUGAGGACCGAACCAAGCGCCUUUUCCGACACUAUACUGUGGGCUCUUACGACAGCCUCACCUCACACAGUGACUACGUCAUUGAAGACAAGGUGGCUGUCCUGCAGAAACGGGAGCAGGAAGGUUUUGGCUUUGUCCUUCGGGGAGCCAAAGCAGAGACCCCCAUUGAAGAAUUCACACCGACCCCAGCCUUCCCGGCUCUCCAGUACUUAGAAUCUGUGGAUUAUGAGGGGGUGGCCUGGAGGGCAGGACUCCGGACUGGAGACUUCCUGAUUGAGGUGAAUGGAGUGAAUGUGGUGAAGGUGGGACACAAGCAGGUCGUGGCCCUGAUCCGCCAGGGAGGGAACCGCCUGCUCAUGAAGGUCGUGUCAGUGACAAGGAAGCCGGAGGAAGAGGGGGCCCGUCGGAGAGCCCCUCCGCCCCCCAAGAGGGCACCCAGCACCACACUGACUCUGCGUUCCAAGUCCAUGACUGCUGAACUGGAGGAGCUGGCCUCAAUUCGGAGGAGGAAAGGGGAAGAGAAAAGAGAAAGCCACGCCUUCCUGGGGCGCCUUGCAGCCGAGAGCACCAAAGCCCCCACGCCAGCUUACCCCCAGUCUGCCCGAGAGAAGCUGGAUGAGAUCCUGGCGGCAGCUGCAGAGCCCACGCUGAGACCAGACAUCGCGGAUGCUGACUCCAGGGCUGCCACUGUCAAGCAGCGGCCCACGAGUCGGCGUAUCACUCCCGCAGAGAUCAGUUCUUUGUUUGAACGCCAGGGCCUCCCUGGUUCCGAGAAGCUUCCUGGAUCCCUUCGCAAGGGCAUCCCACGAACCAAGUCUGUAGGGGAAGAUGAGAAGCUGGCCUCUCUCCUGGAGGGGAAGUUCCCGAGGAGCUCGUCCAUGCAGGAUGCUGUCCGUGAGGGCCAUGGGAUCCCGCCCCCACCCCAGACCGCCCCGCCUCCCCCACCCUCCCCUUACUACUUCGACACAGGACCACCUCCCUCCUUUUCACCACCACCCCCGCCAGGCUGUGCCUACGACACCGUGCGAUCCAGCUUCAAGCCCGGGCUGGAGGCCCGGCUGGGAGGGGCGGGACCGCCUGGGCUCUAUGCCCCCGGCCUAGGCGCUCACGGGCCUCUCCCUUACCCUGAGCGCCAGAAGCGGGCUCGGUCCAUGAUCAUCUUGCAGGACUCACCCCACGAACCAGCCAUGGCCGAGAGCAGCCGGCCUCCCCCUGCAGCCACGCCACCCGAGCGACUGAGGCGGAAGGCGCGAGUGCCGGGUAGCCAAGACAGCCCCUACGCCAACCUGGGCGCCUUCAGUGCCAGCCUCUUUGCCCCGUCCAAGCCCCAGCGCAGGAAGAGCCCCCUGGUGAAGCAGCUGCAGGUAGAGGAAGCGCAAGAUCGGGCUGCCCUGGCUGUGGGGGGCAGCGGUAGCAGCUUCCCCCGGGAGCCCUCACCCACUCGCCGAGGGCACCGCCUGGGGGGGCUUGACUACCCGCCGGGGGAACCGCCUGGCCUUCCAUUCGCCGGUGCCGGCCCCGGCAAGGAACGAGACCGACGGCUGGAUGAGAGGCGCCGCUCCACCGUCUUCCUCUCCGUGGGAGCCAUCGAAGGCAGCCCGCCCACCGCAGACCUGCCAUCCCUGCAGCCUUCCCGAUCCAUCGACGAGCGCCUCCUGGGCAGUGGCCGGGACCUGCUCUUACCCUCGCCCGUCUCCGCUCUCAAGCCAUUGGUCAGCAGUCCCAGUCCUUCCCCUGUGGGCUCCACCUUCAUCCACCCACUCACCGGCAAGCCCCUGGACCCCAGCUCGCCCUUGGCCCUCGCCCUGGCCGCCCGGGAGCGGGCCCUGGCUUCCCAGGUGCCCUCGAGAUCCCCGACCCCCGUUCACAGCCCAGACACGGACCGGCCAGCCCCGCUCUUUGUGGAUAUCCAGAGCAGAGAGCCAGAGCGCAGCAGCCUGGCUUCCCCGACCCCCGCCUUUUCCCCGCGGGGCCCCGCCUGGGGUCCCCUCCCUGCCCGCCGAGAGGUCGAGAAGUCCCCCCGGGAGGAGAGGAAGACGCCAGAAGACAAGAAGUCCAUGAUCCUCAGUGUCCUGGACACGUCGCUCCAGCGCCCCGCCGGCCUCAUCGUAGUCCAUGCCACGGGCAACGGGCAGGGCCCUGGCGAGCUGGAGGCCGAGGAGAGUACCCCGGACACCCCCGAGCUGAGCCAGGCCCCUCCUCCGGCCGCUGCCCCGGCGGCCGCUCCUGGGGCCCUGCCCAGCCCCCGGGCCCAGCCCCCAAGCAGUCCCCCGGCCCCCGCCACCGACACGGUGCUGGGCCAGGGCAGCUCGGAGGAAGAGCCCGACGUGGUGUUCGCGGUGACGCUGCCCCCCGCGCAGCUGUCGUCCAGCGACGAGGAGACCCGGGAAGAGCUGGCCAGGAUCGGGCUGGUGCCGCCCCCAGACGAGUUUGCCAACGGCCUCCUGGUGACCACGCCCCCUCCGGGCCCCGUGCCGGCCCCUUCUCCCAUGGCCUCACCCAGCCCAGCCUCAGGGAAGCCCAGCAGUGACGCGCCCCCCGCUCCGGAGUCAGCCGCGGAUUCUGGUGUGGAGGAGGUGGACACGCGCAGCUCCAGCGACCCUCACCUGGAGACCACAAGCACCAUCUCCACCGUGUCCAGCAUGUCCACGUUGAGCUCCGAGAGCGGCGAGCCCACGGACACGCACACCUCCUUCGCUGACGGACACACUUUUGUACUCGAGAAGCCGCCUGUGCCUCCGAAACCGAAACUCAAGUCCCCGCUCGGGAAGGGGCCCGUGACCUUCAGGGACCCCUUGCUCAAGCAGUCCUCGGACAGCGAGCUCAUCGCCGCCGCCGCCGCCGGGCUGGCCUCCGGAGCUGGGCCUGCCCGCCCUCGCUACCUCUUCCAGAGAAGGUCUAAGCUGUGGGGGGACCCGGUGGAGAGCCGGGGACUCCCAGGCCCCGAAGACGACAAACCGACUGUGAUCACCGAGCUGAGCUCCCGACUGCAACAGCUCAACAAAGACACCCGUUCCCUAGGGGAGGAGCCCGUGGGAGGCCUGGGGGGCCUGCUCGAUCCCAUCAAGAAGUCGCCUGCUGUGGCUGCACGGCUCUUCAGCAGCCUCGGCGAGCUGAGUUCCAUCUCGCAGCAGCCGUCGCCCCAGCCCCAGCAGCAGCAGCAGCAGCAGCAGCGUAGCGGCGUGGGUCCCCCGGGGCCCGGGGCUUCGUACACCGUCCGGCCCGGCAGCCGCUACCCCGUGGCCCGCCGGACACCGAGCCCCGUGAAGCCGGCGUCGCUCGAGCGCACCGAGGGGCUGGGCCCAGGUCCCGGGGGCGGCGUGGGGCGACCCUUCGGCCUCACGCCACCCACCAUCCUCAAGUCGUCCAGCCUCUCCAUCCCCCACGAGCCCAAAGAGGUGCGCUUCGUGGUGCGCAGCGUCAGCGCGCGGAGUCGCUCGCCAUCUCCCUCACCUACGCCGGCCCCCGGGCCCCCAGGGCCCGGGCCAGGGCCCGGGCCGGGUCUGGGCACCAUCCCGGGCCCCGCCCGACCCUUCCAACAGAAGCCGCUGCAGCUGUGGACCAAGUUCGACGUGGGCGACUGGCUGGACAGCAUCCACCUUGGAGAGCACCGGGACCGCUUCGAGGACCACGAGAUCGAGGGCGCGCACCUGCCUGCGCUCACCAAGGACGACUUCGUGGAGAUGGGUGUGACGCGCGUGGGCCAUCGAAUGAACAUCGAGCGCGCCCUCAAGGCGCUGGCGGACAGCUGACCGCGCGCCCCCGGACCCGCCCACCCCGCCGGGCGCCCUGCCGGCAGGGCCCCGCCCACCUGCCUGCGGGCCUCUCCCGCCGCGUGACGCGAGCUGGGUCCCGCCCCCCUCGCGGGGGCCCGAGGGCCGGCCUCUCCGCGGACAGGCCCGCCUUGUCCCCGCCUCGCCACUCCACCGGACGUCGGCCAGGCCCCGCCCCCUCCUCUCUUUCCGCACCCUGCCCCUUGCCGCCCGCCUCUUCUUCCCUUUCCUCCCCACCCCCCACCAGCCCGCGUCGCGGCCCCGGGGCCGGAAUGUUGCAUGAAUCGUCCUGUUUGCUGUUGCUCGGAGAGUCGCCCUGUACAUUGCUUAUCGCCCCCGUUCCCCUGCCCUGCCCCCCCCUCCGCACGUGGUCCUGAAGGGCGGGGUGGGGCGGCCCGGCAUGCGGGGGCUGGACGGGGCUGAGCAGGGCCUCUCCUCCCCCCGGGUUUGCAUAUUUUUAAUCUGCUCUAUAUUUGGAAGGAGAAAAGGAACUAACGUCUCUGUCCCGUCCCCACCCCAUGCCGGCCCGACCCGGCCCGGCCUGGCGCAGCCCAGUUCAGCUCUACUCAGCUCAGCCGCGUCGGGCCGAGCAGGCUCCGCCGGAGCCGGGUGCGUCAGGCCGGCGGCCGCCACGUCUUCCACCUCCCAGCGCCUUGCGGGGCCCGGCCUCACUGCCACCCGCCCCCGCGGCCCCGGUCCGGCCCGGCUCGGCGCGGAGGGGGGGGGGGGGCCGGGUCCGCUCCAGCUGGUCUGGGCUCCGCCAUCGCCCCCCUCGCCCCCCUGCUGAGCUGGGCCUGGCGCGCCGUCCUCCCCCACCCCCUUUAGGUGCUGCAGGAAAGGACGAGUGAGGCCUCGCGCCCUCCGAUCCUGCUCCGCCCCCAGCACACUAGGGGCCGCGGCUGGCUUGGGAGACAAUAGCCAAUAAGGGGGGCAGCGAGGACCCCCACCCUCCCCCAGCCCCACCUCGGGGUCCCCACUCAGUCUCGUUUCACUGUCCCAGGGCCUCUCCUCCGGACUCAGCAGUCACCAGAGGAGGGGGUCCCCCCAUCCCCCAGUGCAGCUGCCAGUGUCUCGGACCCCCAAAGAGCCCCCUCCUCCCAUUCUGCCCCUGCCUCGGCGGGGCUGUGUGCGAAGCCGCGAGGCUGGGCGCUAGUGUGCCAUGGGGGCAUGCAGUGGUGGGCGAUCAGGGCGGAGGCUGGGCACUGUGCCUCUCAGCGGAGGGCUAGACUGCGGGAAGGCGUGCAGGAAGGCUCGUGUGCGAAUGAGUGUGUGAAUGUGCGAGAACACACCUGUGUGAGAGACCGGCAAGCUGUUGGGGCUUGGGAGCGUGUGCUGGGCCUUGAAGCCCGUGCUAGGACAGGCCGGGCCCGGGCGGCUCGCCCUGUGACUGAGUGGGUGUCUGAGUGGGAGUGUGUGCGCACAGGCUUAGGCCCCCUAGUCAAGGACCUGCCGGCUCUCCCCGAAGUUUGAGGAGGAAUCGAAGGGCAAGGAGGAGGGAAGGGUUUAUAUAGUGAAUUCAUCUUCCUCUUUUGGGGGAGUCCCAGCCCGCGGAGCUCUUGCACCUGGGAGGGGUCUACGAGUGACCCCUCUCCUCGGAGCAACCCUUCCAUCAGCUCCAAGCAGGGAGAGGAGGCGGACCCUUUGGGCCCUAGGCUGGGGGUGGGGGAGACCUCGGAGCCAGGCACCCCCAGCCUUCUGCCUCGGCUCAGGGGAGGGUGCUGGGAAUCUGGGGCUGUUUUCAUCUUGAGAUGCCCCCCCUCCUCUCUGUCCUUUCCUAUCCCCCACCCCCAUGGCCCCUUUACUGUGACUUCUACUGCUCAGCAAUGACCUUUGGGGUCUGUGGGGUGGGGGGGCGCCCUCUUGGACCUGUUUUUAAAUCUGGGGGUUGGGGUCUGGACUAUGAUCCGUCCAUGUCACUCACAAGGUUCUGUUUGUAUUUCUAACUUUUUUUUUAAAUAAAAAAAUAGAAAAUUUCACACCCUGGGGACCUGGCACGCAGGUCUGUGCCGAGGUUGUUCUGGGUGAACACACACACACUCACUCACACACUCUCACGCGCGCACACACAGCGUUCUGCACUCCACUCGCCCCACAUUCUCCUCACUCUCACCAGCUCCCCCUGCACACUGUUCUGCCCUCCACUCACCCCGGACUCUCGCCCUGCCCCGCAGUGAUACAGCCACAGACAGUUACCAACAUCGAACCACACAGUAAUACAACCCAAUGCCACAUUCAGUCAUAUCUAGCCUCCUGCCCACGGAGUCACAAAAGUCUUACAGAGUCUCACAGGGUCUCUCUCACACACACGGACAGCCUCACGCAGUCAGUCUCCGUCCCUCCCAUGCAGUCUCUCCCGUGCACACACGCACACACGCGCACACACGCACACACGCACCUGUGGGUUUUUGGUUCCAUUCCGUUUUGGGUUUUUAACUUGACAGGGUCAGUUCAGUUUCACCCCCGUCUUUUGUAUGGAGUUCCGUGGGGAGAUUUCUCCUCCCCUCUCCAGCCCCGGGGCCUCCUGACCCUGCCGUUGUGAUACACCCCACAGAGAUCUAUGUUUCUUAUAUUAUUAUUAAUUAUUAUAUUAUUAUUAUGUAAUAAAUUUCUAAGAAACGA